AUGAAAAAGAUUAAAAGAUUAACUCUCCUUAGAGAGCUUUGUGUUUCCAGGAAAUCAUGGAACCGGGUGCCUAAAGCAAAAAUUGGCGAUGCUAUUUUUGCGGGUAUGGUGACGAGGUGUAGCGAUGCGAAGACGAUGUUCGGCGAUGAGACCUCGCUUAGUCGGCACUUGCGCCAUUUCGCCGGUCUGUUGCAGAGCAAGCACUGGGAUGCAUUUGGUGAAUCGCUUGUUAUAGCAGUCAAUGAAUACAUCGCACCCGGCCGAGCGCACAAAGAUACGCUAAAAGCCUGGAUGCUUCUUUCUUCAUUCUUGAGCGAUCGCCUUGGUGCUGCUUCUAAAACAGCUGCUUUCAGCCCACUCUCAACACCCCGCAUACAGCUUUUCACUUUAAUGGCAUCCGCACCUUAUCCUUCAUAA